AUGUCAUUAGAAUCAUAUGAAAUAAUUGAUCGAGCUAUUGGUUUAGCAUAUGGUACAGCUAUUGGCGAUGCUAUGGGUAUUCCAUUUGAAAAUCUAACUCCAGAACAAAUUGCUGAAAUUCAAAUGUCAUUAAAAAGUAAAAAUGACUUAUUAUUUGUUAAUACUGCUGGUCGUAAUCCAUAUACUCCAAAAGAAUGGCAAACAGGACGAUGGGGAGAUGCAACACAGCUUUCUCUAGCUAUUAUGAAUGCAAUUACAAAACAUAUUUGUGAUGAUGAUGAUGGUAGUGAAAAGUUCUCACUUAUUGAUCGUAUUGUCGAUGAACAUGUGAAAGAAUGGUGGGAUUGUACAGAUGGUUGGGGUAAUGGAACUAAAAGUGCAAUUGAAAGAAUUGCUCAAGGAUGUUAUUCUUAUUGUAAUAGUGGUGGUUCAUCAAGUGGAAAUGGUGUGAUUAUGAAAUUAACACCAGUUGCCUUCUUCUUUCAUAUUUGUAAUUUGAAUAUAAAUGAUGAAUUAGUUGAAUGUAUUUGUCGAAUGACACACAUGAGUUCAGUCACAAUUGCUACUGCAUUUAUCUAUGUUUAUUUAUGCAUAUUCAUUUUUGAACAUGAUUUCCCAUCAUCGAUUGCUGAAAAAAAAGCUUUUCUUAAAUAUAUUCAUGAGUUAUCUGUUAAGUAUGAAGUUAAAUAUCAUGUUGUUACUGAAAAAGAUUUAUUAAGUCUUCGUAUUCAACGCUAUAUGGAAAAAAUUGAUGAAAUUAAUGAUGAAGUUUUAUUAGAUGUUAGUCAUGGUGGGACAUUCUUCUGUGUUGAUACAUUAUCGAUGGUUAUUGGUUUGAUUAUUGAAAAGCGAGUGACAUUUGAAAGAGUUGAGAAAGCAUUAGAAAUGGGUGGUGAUACAAAUAUUGUUGCAGCUAUGAUUGGUGCAAUUUUAGGUGCUAAACAUGGUGAAGAGGCUAUUGAUCAUCGUCGUGUUGACAUUGUUUUUCGCACAGAUUAUGUUCGACAAGUUGGAGAAGAAUUCGGAAAAGCACUAGUGCAACAUCUCAGUCUUCUUCCAAUUGGUUCGGAGGUUUUAUAA